UCGCUUUCCGAAGUGUAUUUUGUUGUCGGAUACGUGAGGGAAGAUCGUCGUGUUAACCAAUCUUUCAUUCAGUCCUGGUUUUCGUUGGAAGUCAUCGAGUAAAAAAGAACCUAAGAUUCAUCUUUUAAAGGGCUGUAGACGGGUGAACUUUGAAACACGUCACAGAAAAUCACGGGACAUCUUGAAUUUUCAUUCCCAAUAGGGUUGUAUUUCCUUGCAUCGUGAAUAUUCGAUCUCUUCGCAUUUCAAACUAAUCGGAAUUUCAUGGCCUAGUAGUUCAUCUUCAGCAUCUCAGAUGGUUUAACCUUUUUCUCAAACGUUUGGCGUUGAAAUCCGGGAUCUCUUCCGGUCCACUGAAACCUUCGCUUGGUCAACAUUAACUGCGGCAACGAAACACGAACUGAACGCGCCUUUCAGAUAUUUGUCAUGUCCGCUAGCGUCAGUCCGCUUCCUUCGGGUGAGAUGAAUAGCUCACACUCGAGUGGAAGUAGCAGUGUGAGUGGUUAUGUUGUAGUUGCUAAAGAUGAGGGACAUUUGCUCAAUUUGGACGGCAGCAAGAUUGGAAAAACAACUGAGAUUCCAGCUAAUAGCGAAAGCCUCUCUCAAGGCGGAAGUAUGUCGCAGAAUGAUCAUGAACUAGCUGACAGAGUUCAGAAUCUUAGCAAGGAAAAUGAACAACUUAAAACGGUUCUGCUUCAGAACAAUGAACUCCUCGAGAAGUAUUUUGAAGAACUUGCUGACAUGCAGGAAUCUCAGAAGCAGACGAGUGAGUCCUUACGCAAAGGAUAUGAUCGUGCCAGGGAGAUGGUCAAGAAACUGCGAGAGAAGAAUGGAACUUUAAAAACUGAACUGAAAUAUGAGCAAAACAAAAUUUUGCAACUGGAGGGAGAGCUGUCCAAACUGAAGGAAGCAGAUGAAAAUGAAAAGUCAGCACAACUUGAAAAAAAUUCUAAUGAUGACAAGGCCAAAACAUAUCAAGUGCAGCCUCCUAAUGAAGUGGUGAAGAGGCUUGAAUCUGAAAAGGCUACCUUAGAAAUGAAUUACAGCAAAUUACAAGAACAUAUUUCACGCUUGAAGGCCAUGCAAGAAGCUGAGCCGAAUACUGAAACAGAUGACUGUGACACUCUGGUUUCCAUUGACACACUGUCUUCUGACAUUCUGCUUGAGAGUCCAGAGGCAUAUUAUGAGAACUUAAAAAAACUUGAAACAGAGAAAGAAAUUUUGAAGGUGAAACUGGAUGAGAUGAAAAUUGAGAGUGAGCAACACCAACAGAAUUUUAAACAACUUGAGGAAGAACGUGACCAACUUCUAAAGAAAAUUGAAGAUUUUGAGCAAGGGCAGGUUUUAGAAGAGGGAGAUAUUAAGCUGGAGGUAGCUGAAAACCAAGCUUCCACAGCAGCACUCUCCGAGCAAAUUGCCACUUUGACUGAACAGCUAAGGGUACAGACAGAGGUGAUGGGUAACCUUAGAAAAGAACAGGGUGCUUUGAGGCAGGAGAGAGACAUGUAUCAGAAGAAGGCUAAAGAACUUGAACAAGUAAAGAGAACCACUGAGAAUGUUGAAAUUAUGAAACAACAGCAGCAAAACUCUCCUGAAAAGGGGAGAGGGAAUCAGGAAGCACAAAGAGACUUACAGGAUAAUUUGUGUAAAGUGAAGAAAACUCUCUGGGAAUACCAGAAACGAGAAGGAGGUCUUCUGAACAGGGAGAAUGCUGUUCUUGAGAAGGAAGAGAAACAAAAGGAGGUUAUGAAGGAGAAUGAGAAUUUAAAACAUCAGCUCGCUGAAGCUCAAACAAAAGUUGAAGCACUUUCACACAAAGGGAAGGGGCAAGAGGAAGAAGUAAAAACUCUGAGGAGGCAACUGAGUUCAGUAUCAGAUGAACUGACUGAGACGCACGAGCGGGAAGUUUCUCAGUUAAAGGAGUCAAUGCAGACAGCUUGUGACAAUGCCGACCAAUUGAGAGAUAAUGUUGACCAGCUCAUGGAGAAAAAUGAACAUCUUCAGGAGCAUGUUGAGGAACUGAAAUUGAUUAUAACUCAAAAGGAACAAGAAAUACAAGCUCUAAAGGAAGAGUUAACAAAAGUGUCCAAUGAACUGAAUGAGACUAAGGAACAGGAAGUUAACCACUUAAAAGAAGAAUUGUCAAACAAGACAGAGGCACUAGAAAAUGCAGAGAUUAGCGUGGAAUAUAUGAAGGCUCAAGUGACACAACUCAUAAGGGAAAAUGAAACUCUAGCAGCAGAGAAAGACAGGCUUGGAGAUGAAUGCACCCAACAGGAAAAUAUGUAUCAAGAGCAUCUUCAUAAGAUAGCCGAAGACAAUGAGAAGCAGAGAUUGAAGAGAGACAAAAUUAUCGAAGGUCUCAGAAAGCAGGUGUCAACUUUGGAAGCAGAUCUUCAAAAAACACGCCUAGAAAAGGAAAAUGAGAGUGUGGCCCACGUGCAACUCCAAGAGGAUCACGAACGUAUAAUUGAGGAGUACGAUAACCUUAUACGAGCAUACCAAAAGACAAGCGACACGAACAAAUUGAAACAGUAUGAGGAUGAUUUUCGAAUGGAACGCGACGCCAGAGAGAAGCAACAUGGGGAGUUAUUGGGUCUGACUGAAAAUGUCCAGCGGCUUCAGCGGGAAAACCAGCGAUACCAGGAUGAGAUCUAUCAGUUAAACAACAGAGGAUUCGAGGAAAUGCAACGCCGCCAUGCCAGUUUUACCACAAGCUACCCACCCCAAAACCAUGAACCUCCCAGAGAAUGGUUUUCUGGAAUGCCUUUGUGCCCCCGUGGAUCCGGGGAUCCUUUAGAAACCGGGAGAGAGGGGGACAUACGGAGUCCCGGUAGGGAACAACCAGCCCCUGGUCCUCCGGAGGAUGAAAAUGAUUGGCAAUGUCCAACCUGCCGCAGGUUGUUUCCGAAUUUUGAUACUCUUCAGAUACAUGCUGUGGAAUGCCAGGGACACCAGCGACCACCUUCCCAAGGCGAUCUUCAGCAAAAUCAGUGUCCAAGCUGCAUGGAGCUCUUUCCUGAUAUAGAAACCCUGGAGCUUCAUGUGGAGGAAUGUUUGGAUCAACAGCAAUAAAAGUGAAAUUAUCCUGACCACUGUGUAUUUGACCGAAGUGGAGAAUAUUUCGGCAAGAAAAGUGGACAGUGAGGAUGGACUUAACGUUAUUCAAAUUUUAACCACUGAGCAGUGAAACAGUUUAUUCCUUAGCUAUUUUAACUGAACAUAUUUUGCACAAGGCAGCAUUGUGCAUCGAUAGUUAAACGCUUAAGAUGAGUCUUAAAUGCGAACAGGUGUCAUACAAUACACUGCGAGUUGAUCUAUUCGACGCAGCUCUUUUUUCAAAUGAUAACCACGUUAAAUAAAGUUUGGAAAAUUUCUUUUAAGUUGUGAUUCUAUUUAAAAAUAAGAUCACAGCUUUGAUGCUAUUUACCGCGCUAUUUGUUCAAAGGGAACAGCAAUCUACAGCUAGGUAAAAAUAGCAAGAACAAAUUGAUAGAUUAAUUUAAGGGGACAGUUAAGUUUAAGAGCAGGAAGCAGUGCAGUAUCCAAGUAUUAGUCGAUCCUAAUUUACUUGAACAUGUGUAUCAAAUUUAGCUUUUUGUGAGAUACCUAUUUUGAUGUGAUUAAGCUACUCGCAUAUACAUUGCAUUUGAUAUCGUAGUUUUAAAUUCGGUUGAUUUAGCGCUCAACUUCGAAGUAUUUUCGAGUAUACGUGUUGUUCUGUUAAACUGCAACUAUAGUUAAAGGGUAAAUUAGGUCAUUUACACUCAGUUAUAUUCUAGAGACAUAUCAAAGGCAUUCUCAACGGUAAUUCCAGUGGUUAUUUAGGGAUGAAGAUUUGCGUUUGAUGUUGAUUUAAAAAAAGUUUAAAAUCACUUCCUUUAAGUCUUAUGCAAACAAUGUAUUCUGGUAAAAAUUUACUUUUAUUUUUCAUUAUAGAAAAGUAGGUCUGUGAGUGAGUAUUUCUUUUUUAUAUACACGUAAAAAAUAAGGUUUAGAAAUAUGUUCUACUUAGCGGUAAUUAAUUUGUUAGAAGAGUAAAAAAAUUUUUUUCAGUUGAAAAGAAUAUUGUAAGGAAUAAAGAUACAGUUAAAAACUUGUACCCAACAAAGCAUAGAUUAUCAUGUGAUUUAACAAG